AUGAGUGAAUUGCAGAGGAGGUGCUUGGUAGAUGCGUUGCAUUGCUGCGUUGUUCCGAAGGGGACCACUGCCGCUGCGUCGAUGGUGACGAGGACGACGAACAAAUUUAUCAACAGCGUUGAUGCUGUGGUCGAUGAUAACAUUCGCGGUCUGGUUGCUACGCAUGACAGCUUGGCCACACUCGAUGUAGGUCCUCUUCUUCCGCGGUUUUUGUCUUCGGCAAGUCAUGCUGCUCGUUCUUCGAUCCGACACAUGGCCGUUCUUGGGUCGCCGAGUUACCACGCUCGUAACGACUUAAUUGACUGA